AGCUUAAGAGGAGUGCAGCCUCAGAAAAUACUGGAACUUUCCAAACUGCACUGCCUUGCUUUUUCCGCUGCUGCCUGAUCUGCUGCUAACAGUUUGCUGCUGAAUCCAAACUAUUCAAUUUUACCUCUACGUAGACAUAGAAAAACCUGUGGACGCUAGGCCCUCUGUCUUCCUCGGCAGAAAAAAGCAUUCACCCUUCUGUGGACAUUUCAGGGUUUUCCUGAGGCCCGAAGUCUUUGAAAGUGAGCAAUGGCUGUUUUAGUGCUACAGGUCGUGGGCAUACUCAUGUGCCUAGUGGGCUGGGUUUUGGAGAUAAGUUCAACAAGCUCAAAUGUCUGGAAGGUGAGGAGUCAUGCGGAUACGGUGACAACAAACAGCUGGCAAUUCCAGGGCUUGUGGAUGGACUGUGCUGCCUCUGCAUUAGGAGCAGUUCAGUGUAACAGGUACAAAACUGUCCUUGGGCUACCAGUUUAUGUACAGGCAAGUCGCGCUCUCAUGAUCAUCUCUCUGAUUCUGGGCAUGUUUGGGGUCAUUGUGUCACUACUGGGAAUGAAGUGUGUUAAAGUUGGCAACACCUCUGACCAAGUCAAGGCCAAAAUCGCCAUAAUCGGUGGUAUCCUCUUCCUUCUGUCAGGGAUCUCUUCCCUCACAGCAGUGUCGUGGUAUGCUGCUCGCGUUGUGCGGGAAUUCUACGACCCCUUCAAUGGACAUCUCAAGUUCGAAUUUGGGCCUGGCCUGUACAUAGGCUGGGCAGGAGCUUGUUUGGCUAUUCUGGGUGGAGCGUUCCUUUGCUGUUCCUGCAGGGGAAACUUGGAGGAACCACCUAAGGGGUAUCCAUAUAACUACUCUAUGACAAGCCAAAAUAUCUACAGAUCACCGGACAUCUCAGAGCAACAGAGCUCAAAAGCCUAUGUUUAAACUAUGUUUUUUUAUGAUAUAUUUUUUAUAAUUGCGACAGCAGCAGCACUAGGUCACAGUGACAUAGAGAAUAUGAUAAGAGACUAACACUAGAACUGCAAGCAUAAAUCAUGGAAACUGAAUAACUAUGUUUCUCAGAGGUUAUCAGCUACCAUUUUCCGAAAGAGCAGUCCGAAGAAGUAGGAACCCAUGAGUUGUCCUUCAGAAUAAAAUUCAUCACCAACAUCCUCCAUGUACAGUAUAAGAGAAAAGAGUACUUCAAAGUUAAGAACAAAUCAAAAAAUUGGACAAGACUUCAAGAUUUCAAUGAAAUUAUGAAUAGACAGAAUUUUCAAUUAGUAUAUUUUAGAGUAUUAAAAAACCUCCAACCUAUAAACAUAUCAACAUCACAAGUGUUAAUUUUAACUAGAAACUCAAUUUUUCCUUAAAAUACCCAAGUACAUUCUCUCCAGUCAGAAAACUACAAAAUGUGACCUAAUGAGGAAGAAAAUAGAGUACACAAAAUAACAAUAAAAAGAUGAUUGAUUGAUUAAUAGGGCUUCCAAGGGGCUUCAGCACCAGCAUACAGUUACAGUACAGCUUCUUUCAGGCAUAUUUAGGUCACUACCUACAUGUAUAUUGGUAACAUCCCAGUAUCAUCUGUAUCUACUGCUGCGCAAUUUGUUAAUUGACUACUUAAAUGGUUGAUUAGUUGGUUGAUUGAUUAAUUGAAAAACCAUGGUUAACAUUAGUGCACAGAUCAGUGACUAUUUUUGGUGUGACUACUUGCCCAAUUUGUACCUUUUGUUUUUCCUUUGUUUUUUCAAGUGAAUAGUACUUAUUGAAAUAUCUUUUAUAUAUAGUUGUGUAAAUAGUAGCACGAGUAUAACUGCAUACAAACAGCAGUACUUCCUUUUAAAGUGUUCUGAUGCCCAGGAAGUUAUUCUCCAAUAAAUGUCUCUGAUGUG